AUGGUGGAGAGAAAAGAUAAACAGAUUAUGCCCCAUGAAGAGCCCAUUGAAAUCUUGAAUCUGGGAUCAGAGGAAAAUAAGAAAGAGAUAAAGAUUGGCACCACACUAUCUACUAAGGGGCAACAAAGUCUGAUUAAGCUUUUUCAAGAGUACAAAGACGUGUUUUCUUGGUCAUAUGAGGACAUGCUAGUUAAGGGAAAUUUAUCGAACGCUUCGAUCUUAUUGCCACCAGUCUCAGGCAAACCAUUAAUUCGUUACUUGUCAAUCUUCGAGAAUUCAAUGGGGUGUGUAUUAGGGCAACAUGACCAAUCCGGGAAAAAAGAGAGAGCAAUCUACUACCUCAGUAAAAAGUUCACUAAUUGUAAGAUUCUAUUGUUUGAAUUUGACAUCCAAUAUGUAAGCCAAAAUGUAGUUAAAGGAAGUAUUGUAGCCGAUUUCAUUGUAAGAAGAGCUUCUGAUGAGUAUGAAUCGCUAAACUUCGAUUUUCCAGACGAAGAUUUGAUGGCUAUUUUAAUUGAAGAGGCAAUUUCCUCUAUUGAUGAACAUUGGAAUAUGAAUUUUGUUGGUGCCUCGAAUUCCUUGGGACACGGGAUUGGGGCAAUUUUAGUCUCACCUAGUGGAAAACACUAUCAUUUCACCAGCCAAUUGAAUUUCGAUUGCACAAACAAUAUGGUUAAGUAUAAAGCAUGUAUUAUGGGUCUUAGAGCUGCCAUUGAGAGUAAAGUAAAAACACUCAAAGUAUAUGGGGAUUUAGCCCUGGUAACUUAUCAACUUAGAGGUGAAUGGGAAACAAAAGAUACCAAGUUGGUGGAGUACCAUAAGUUGGUCCUAGAUCUCAUCAAAAAUUUGAGGAUGUGA